CAGAGUGUCGGGAACUCCAGCAGCUCCGCUCCGUAUAUUUCCACUGACCCUCCGUUUUAGGGAUUCAUUCAUCCAAGUCAGAGCUGCUCGGUCUGUCCGGACGAGAUCUGUCCAUCCAUCCACCCGUCUGUCCAUACAGCUGCAUACACAGCUCUCCUUUCAUCCAGCUGCUCCCGCAUCUGCGAAGGUCAGACGCGUCAUUUUUGAUCAGCGGACCUGACAACUUUUUGUUUUAUUCCUCUCUUCCUGAUCGGCGUUUCAUCACCGGGGGAUUAUUACUGCAUUCAUCUGUCAUUGAUGCUGUGAUGAUAAAUGGCUGACCUCAGCACCCACUGACUGAUUCGCUGAUUUUCGCUGGCUGCAGCUGCUGUCAUGGCGAAAAGCCCGGAGGUGAAGCUGGCUGUCUUCGGCAGAGCGGGGGUGGGCAAGUCAGCUUUGGUGGUGAGAUUUCUGACUAGACGCUUCAUCUGGGAAUAUGACCCAACACUCGAGUCAACAUAUCGUCACCAAGCCAACAUUGACGAUGAGGUCGUCACCAUGGAGAUCCUGGACACUGCAGGACAGGAGGACAUCCAGCAGAAAGAGGGCCACAUGCGUUGGGGUGACGGAUUUGUCAUUGUGUACGACAUCACAGACCGAGGAAGCUUUGAGGAGGUGGCACCGCUCCGAAGUCUCCUAGAGGAGGUGAAGAAGCCCAAAAAUGUGCCUCUGGUCCUUGUGGGCAACAAGUCUGAUCUGGACCACGUCCGGCAGGUCGGCACAGAGGAAGGCGAGCGUCUGGCAGCUGAAAUGGCGUGCGCCUUCUAUGAAUGUUCGGCGUGUGCCAACGAGGGGGGCACUGUGGCCGAGGCUUUCCACGAGCUGUGCCGCGAGGUGAGGCGCCGCAAGGCCGUGCAGGGCAAGGCCAGACGCCGAAGCUCCACCACACACGUCAAACAGGCCAUAAACAAGAUGCUGACCAAGAUCAGCAGCUAGGAACGAGCCACGCUGCCGUCUGACGACACAAGAAAUGUACAUUUUUCUCAUGUAAAUGUUUGAAGCAAUUAUUGGCUCUGAAAUGGAGGAAAUGUGACUGAUUUAAUGUGGAAUGUGUUCUUUGCUUACUUUAUGCUCAUUUUCCAGCUAAAAGCGCGAUAUCUCUUAUCUCUGGAAGAGGUAAAUCAUGUUGUCACUUCAGCAUGAGAGCCUAAACGGAUGAUUUUGUCCAAACUUUUAAGCUCAUUUGGAUCAAAAUAAUCCUGGAUACAAGAUGCUUUAUGGUGAUACAUAAAUAUGGUGAGGUUCUCAACUUUUUUAUACUCUCCUCCAACUUUUAAAAUCAAUAAAUAAGCCACAGGGCAGAUGAAAAUUAUGCAUGCAUGCUGUCUUAUUUAGCAUGCAAAGGCUCCGAGGAUUUAUCGACGUUGUUCAAAUGUAAGAUUCAUAGUUUCCUCUCUGUGUCGUCUGUAGGGGGAUAUCGUGACGCCAGCCUGUGUGUCACUGUAAUGUCACCAGUUAUCAAAGACAAAUAAGAUCAGAGAAAAACUAUUAUAUAAAUUACGUCCACUGUCCAUGUCAACCCUUCAAACACCCCCGGAGUUGUCAAACAAACCUUGUAAUAAAGUCCACUAUGUUCUGUUGACAUUAAAUGUGCUGCAGUGGACUUCCUGUGUUUGUCCACAAAAUAUGUACUCAAGGUCUUCUCCUUAAGGAACUAAAGCACAGGUUCACAAUGUCGGGCUCUUGAGAGAACAUUUUUUUCUCUGAAUCUACAGAGGGAAGCAGUCUUCAUCCAUCCAAACAUGUCACUUUCCAGGGACGUUCUUCGUGGCUGUAAUUUUAAUACUGUAAACUACAAUAUGUAUGAUAUGGUACAGUAUAUUGCCUUAAGCAAUGCUGUGUCUUAAGUGUGUACAGAACCCAAAGGCAUAUACAGUGUAACAUACUGUAACUGUUGACAUGUAAUGUUUUUUUUCUUUAUGUAUGUUAAUUGUAUGAUCAAAACAAAAAAUGUGCACUUGUA